CCAAGCGUUCAUCAGACAGGCGGACAGACAGACGGACGGACGUGCUAAAUCGAUUCGUUUCGUCAUGCUGAAAAUAAUAUACAAGCACAAUGUCGCAAAGUGAGGAAGAUUUGUAUCUAGGGCUCGAUAUGAGUGCAUCUACCAGUAGCGGAGCAUUUAGCGGCAGCAACUCCUGGAUGCUACGAUGCGAUCCGGGAAGCUUUCAGAGGCAGAUGUAUGAACAGGUAACUGCGACCUCGCCCCUCUCGCCGGUAGCAGCCUUUAAUAAAUGGCAAUCGCAUGAAGCUAGAAUGGAACGAAAGCAGGAGGCCAUGGAUGAUCUUGAGUGGGAACGCUUCCCCGUUAACGAGUUGGCAGAUUUAGAGUUCAAGGAGCCGCCGCCAGUGCGUGCACCGCCAUCAUCGCCACGCCGCAUAAACGGCGAUGAUCCCGAAAAUGAAAUUUCCAAUACACUCUGGAAUGACAUGCUCAUUGCAGAGCAGCUGUGUAAGCUGGCAAAUGGGAUUAAAAAGAAAAGCGGCGAGACGCGCUUGCGCAAGGAACGUUCAGAUAUGAGGGGUCAGGAUGGUGCCGAUGGUCAAAUGUCUGAUUGCGAAGAUGGAUCUAUAGAACAAUGUGCAGAGCACACCGCUACGGAGCUAACCUACAUCGAUGAAAAGUCAGAAAACAAUUGAACAAUUAAAAGCACAUAAAAGCGCAGUUGAGCAUGUCUUCUUUUAAGUGCGCUGCUUAUCUAUUAAUAUGGAAAACUACACACGAUAUAAAUCUCAAGUUAAACCCUUAAACACAUAAUUAUCCGAUAUAUUUACACAUAAAUAAAUUAAAUAACGAAAUUAAAA